AACUACCGCACAUUUUAAUAUAACAAAAUUUUCAACGAAGCUCCAGGGCUCAGGCCUGUUCAGUAAAUUUGAACCCGCGACCUUUCCUUCUGAUUCUGGCGGUAACUCUCUGCAAAUUUUCUGCUGAAUACCUUCUUUGGGCGUCUUUUUAUUGUCCGAAAGAUUCAUUCAAAAGUCCGCCGGCUUUGCUUUUCUUUCCUGCGAGCGUAGCCUGCAAAAUUAGGAAGCAAUUUUUUUUUUAGAGCCUUGCAAGAGCCCUUGUUUUUUUUGUUGUGCUUUUGGCUCAAACAUUUUGUGAAACGGUUCCCGUGCAUCCAUCCUGUAAAACCCUUUCUUUAAGUUGGUGUAGACAAUUUUCCAAACAGUCUUCUUGCAUCCAUGCUGUAAAAACCCUUUUUCAAUUCUGGCUUAGACAUUUUUUUUUAACAGUUGUAGCGCUUCCUUGCUGUAAAACCCUUUGUGCGUCUUUUUGUUUUAGAUUUAGAUAUUUUGUUAAACAGCUGUUGUAAAUCCAUGCUGCUACCAUUUUGAUGGGUUCUGCGGCAAAUAACAACAAUCCAGGAGGCUAUGACAUGCAAAACCUUUUCAAACCAGGAAACCCCGUCAAUUUAGCACCUCCUGCACAAAUUCAGUACCCAUUCCUUCACGCUUACGGUAACCCUAGUAAUUUUCCCUAUCAAACUCCAGCACCUUCUAGUGCACCGUUCCCUUUUCCUCCUUCCAUGUAUCAAAACAAUAAUAAUCCUUCUUAUAUGAAUUAUUCCCAGGCUCCCACGCAAUUCAGGUUAAACCAUCCCAGUCCUUCCGACGCUGCAAGACUAAUGUCUUUGAUCGGUAAUAACCACUCUUCGCCAAGCUCCAUGGAAUUAUCUACUCCGGCUCUCACAUCAUCGACAUCGUCCUCCGCUUCCUCAUCGGAGCCGCCAUUUCCCCAGGCUUUUGCACCAACAGCCCCUCCCGUCAAUCUGGCUUCUCCUCAGCGUACCCCAAGCAGGCUAUUGAGUACUAAGCUGCCCAGAGGGAGGCAUCUCCACGGAGACCAUGUUGUGUAUGAUAUCGAUCUUCGCUUGCCUGGUGAAGCACAACCUCAGCUUGAAGUUUCACCCAUUACUGUUUAUGGUUCAGACCCUGAUCUGGUGGGAGGGCGUCAGAUUGCUGUUAACAGGAACUACAUUUGCUAUGGCCUACGAACUGGUACUAUUCGGGUUCUUAACAUAAACACUGCACUCAGGGCAUUGCUUCGAGGACACUCACCGAGGGUGAUUGAUAUGGCCUUCUUUUCCAGUGAUGUGCAUCUCUUAGUCAGUUCAAGUUCAGAUGGAAGAAUUUUCAUACGGAAAAUUGAGGAAGGGGUAGGAGAUGAUGAUAAACAUCAAAUAACAGAAAAAAUUGUUUUGGGCAUCCAGAUCCUUGGGGAAUGGGAAUCUGUCUAUCCUCGUGUCUGUUGGCAUCCUCAGCAGCAGGAUGUUUUGUUUGUGGGAGUCGGCAAUUAUGUGCUGAAAAUUGAUGUUGCGAAAACAAGAUCUGCUUCACCCGGGGGUGGGUUUUCAACUGAGGAUCCUCUUAAAUUCCAAAUAGAAAGUCUAAUUGAAGGUGUUUAUUGCAUUGGAAAACAUGAGGAUGAUGUUACGGAUUUGUCCAUAUGUCACUGGAGUGUGACCUGUUUAGCCUCAGCAUCGAAGGAUGGAAUGGUGAAAAUAUGGGGAGAUAAGAAGAUGGUUCCACUUGCAGCACUAAAGCCACACAAUGGGCGAGCUGUUGGUGCUGUUGGAUUUCUUGAUAUACCAAAUUCUCCAGAUAAUAUAGUCCUUUUCACUGCGGGCCCUCUGAAUCAAGAAUUGAAACUGUGGGUUUCUGCGAAUCCGGAAGGUCGGUUUUCUCCCAGUUCUGGAAAGUGGCAUUGUAUCCAGACCCUUGAACUUAAGAGCUCAUCAGAGACAAGGAAUGAAGAUGCAUUUUUUAAUCAAGUCUUAGUUGUGGCCCGUGCCAGUGUGAUUUUACUGGCAAAUGCAAAAAGGAAUGCAAUUUAUGCAGUACACGUUGAAUGUAAUUCCAAGCCUGCGGCCACCCGCAUGGACUACCUGGCAGAAUUUUCUGUAGCAAUGCCAAUUUUGAGCUUUACAGCUACAAUUGAGAAUGUUGCUGAUGGUGAAGGGACUGUUCAGAUAUAUUGCGUUCAAACACAGGCCAUUCAACAGUAUGCUCUGGAAAUGUCACAAUGCUUUCCACCCCCAAUAGAGCUUGCAUCUUCAGAAGAGGAUGCUGUAUCACGUGUUUUUGAGAGAUCAACUUCGUCUACUUUUGUGAGAUCAGAUUCUUGUCAUGGUAAUGAUUUAGGAGAGAUGAUAGGUAGUUCUGGAAUGAAGUCACCAAGGCCAAUCAAUAUACCUGAGGCUUCUAUAAGUCAGAGCCCUGUUUACCCCUCGACUCCUCAUGCUCAUGGCCACCUUGCAGUGUCAUGUGGGGAUACUACAUUUGGCCUUUCAACACCUUCAAAUAUUCCUACUGAUAAUGCACCUUUGUCUUCUCAAGUUCCCGUUCCUUUGAGUCCAAGAUUGUCCAGAAGAUUAUCUGGAACAAAGAGUCCGGUGCAGAUUUUUAAACAGGACAUCUCUCCAAUAAGUUCUGGAGAUCCAUCUGAUAGUCAAACAGUUCAAGAGCAUCCCAUUGAAAGGAAAUCUGAUGCUGUUAUGACUACUAUUUCUGAUAUGGCUUCUGUGGAUGUUAUUAGUACAUGCAAAGGAGAUGACAGGUUCGGUGCCAAGGAAAGAGAAGUGCAAGGUAGUCAGUGUUUGAGUUCUACAAUUGCAGAUGAUUGCGAAGCGGGCUCCAGUCAAUCAUACUUGAUAACUCCUUCUCAACUCAUGUCUAUGGUUUUGCCUUCUGAUUCUGAUAAAGGAUCAGAUAUAAAUAAUGAAAUUGAAGAAACUGGUGCUAAAAGGGAGAAUGAAAAUCCAAAGGUUGUGAAAAAAAAGGUAGAUAAAAGUAGUCCGAGUAAUGUGGAGAGAGCUCAUUCAGAGAAGGGAACAGGAAAAGUAUCCAUUCAAAUAGAUUCUCAAGCUUCAGAGCCAAGUAAUAAAAUAUCCAGAGAGAUUAGUUCUUUGCCUAAAAAUGAAGUGACUGUGGAGGAAGUCCAACCUGAAGGUGACAAUGAAGUAUUUGAGGACAGGGAGCACUCUCCGAAUGUGAGUAUAGAAGAAAGUCAAGAAAACAUAAAGGAUAUAUCUUGCAAGAUGCCCGUAGUUCCCUCAACAUCUGCAACUUCUCAGUCUUCAUCAGGGAACAGGCGGAGAAAAAACAAAAAUAAAAAUAUACCAACAUUACCUUCAUCGCCCUCUGGAACUCCGUUUACUUCAGUAGGUUCUUCGGACGGUGAACCAAGCAACAGUAUGAUUAUUCCAUCCCCAGAAAACUUAGCUGCACAAGUUGUUGCUAUGCAAGAGACACUAAGUCAGUUGGUGACAAUGCAGAAAGAGCUGCCAAAACAGAUGGCAAGUGCAAUUUCAACUCCUGUUACAAAAGAGGGAAAAAGAGUUGAGGCAGCCAUUAGCCAACGCAUGGAAAAGUUUCUGAAAGCUCAAAUGGAUUCUCUGUGGACAAGAAUUCAAGAGGAAAAUUUGAAACGGGAGAGGUCUGAACGCCAAUUGACAGCUCUGUUAACUAACAUUUUAAAUAAAGAACUGCCUGCUACAAUAGAUCGCAUUUUAAAGAAGGAGGUCAGCAGUCUAGGUACCUCUAUAGCACGACUGAUUACACCAAACUUGGAGAAAGCUAUUUCAACUUCAAUUAGUGACGCAUUUCAGAAAGGGGUAAAUGAUAAGGCAUUAUCAAUGUUGGAAAAGUCACUUGGUGCAAAACUUGAGUCAGCUGUAUUGCGGCAGAUCCAAACUCAGUUCCAAUCUUCCGGGAAGCAAAUCAUGCAGGAUGCCUUGCGGAUUUGCUUUGAGGGUUCAGUAAUUCCGGCAUUUGAAAAUUCUUGUAAAGCCAUGUUUGAGCAAGUAGACACUGCAUUUCGGAAAGGAAUGUCUGAGCAUACAACUGCUGCACAGCAGCAAUUUUCUGUCUCGCAUUCUGCACUUGCAUCUACUCUCCAGGACACUGUAGCAUCUGCAUCAUCUCUUGCUCAAUCUCUUAAAGCAGAGUUAGCUGAUGGGCAACGCAAACUUCUAGCGCUUGCAGAAAGUGCAGGAGCAAGUUCUUCUCGUGUGGGCACUUUAAUUACGGCCAAAAGCAAUGGCAGUCUUGGGUUGCCUGACAAGGCAAUUUCUCUUGAGCAUCUAGAAGAAUCACUUGACCCAACUAAGGAACUUUCAAGAUUGGUUUCUGAGUGCAAGUUUGAGGAGGCAUUUAACAAAGCACUUAAAAUGAAUGACGUCCCUUUAGUUUCUUGGCUAUGCUCUCAGGUUGAUCCUCAGACCUUGUUCACAAUGGUCCCUUUGCCCUUGAGCCAAGGCGUGCUCUUGGCACUUGUUCAGCAACUUGGCUAUGACCUUGAAAAAGAUUUUGGGCGCAAACUUGUGUGGAUAAAGGAGGCAUGCACUGUAUUGAACCCAAGUGAUCCGUUACUAGCUCCACAUAUGCGGCCAAUUCUUACACAAGUUUAUCCAAACUUGCAUCAGAAGAUGCUGAAUAGUUCAGGAGCAGAAGCAAGCACUCUGCGCCUAGUGCUUCAUGUUUUUAACUCUUUGUUGUCAACAUGCAAGUGAUGCAAGAGCUGUACUUAAUGUAAAUGGAAUUAGUGGUAGGAAGGCACAAUUUAGGUGAUCAUAUGCCAAAAAUUGAAAAUUCUUCUUGGCAAAUGCAAAACAAUUUCAUGGAUGGAGUUCCCUUAAUAUGAAAGGUUCAAAACAAUUACUUCUGGGAACAUAUGUUAAAAGCACGUUGAUUGCCAAGGUAUUUUUCAUGGAGGAUAUAAUGAAGGUUCAAGGCUUCUUUUUUUCAGGUCAUGAUGGAGAAUCUUCUUAAUCUAUUUAUGUCAGGCCUCAGAGUUUAUAUUGAUGCUAGCGAAAAACAGUAUUUGUAUAUGUAGUACUUCAAAUAGAUAUUUAUCUGUAUAACAUAUCAAGGGAAAAAAACAAAAUAAUAAGUCACCCCUCUACCAGUUCUGAUUAUAAUGCCGUGGUAAGCAUUUUUGUUUAACUGGCAGUUGCUCUUACGGGGCAUGGUUCUUAUCGUGUAAAUGGUACCUGUUAAUUCAAUUAAAAGGUGGAAUUUUGAGCUA